GAUACCAAUAUCAAUCUCGCUGUACGAGAGUGAUCAACAGGGGCUCCUGAAAUUUGGUUUCCCGGAAACGUUGAGAGAACAAUCCCAUCUUUCAUCUAUCGCUUGUCUGGAUGUGGAUAUCAGCUGCAGACUCGUCGUAUAGUAGUGAAUCUAUCUAGACACAAGUUGUAUGCAAGAGUAAUGAUCAGGCAAUAAUGAUAUCGGAUGAUUUUACGGUUUCGUUUAAUGCACGGGAUUCUAUUCUCUAUGCUCUGUCGAUUGGGUUCGGCUCCUCCUUGGAGCGAUACGAUGAAGAUCGGCGCUACGUAUACGAAGAAGAUAUCAACUUUGCAGUCGUUCCAACAUUCGCGAUCACCUUUACUUUUUGGGCCAAUCAAUAUCGGAGAUCAAUUGGUGACAUUCCGCCAUUUCCUCCGCCUCUCAUGAGUUCUGCUGGUGUUUUACCCCAAGGAUGCCUUCGAAAUGGCGCAUCAAUAGAUGAUUUACCGAUCAUUCAAACCGAAAUUUCUGUCGUUUUCCAGAACGCGCUUCCUGUCCCAAAAAGUGGUCAAACAGAACCGAUGCGAGUAAGCCAGUCCUUUGUGUCCGUGUCUCCGAAGUCCAUCGGCACUUUCGUGACCACAGAAACCAAAAUUACGAAUAAUUGCCACACUCUCUGCACCAUUACGUCCACGGCUCUCGUUUUGGGCGUACCAAGUAGUCAUGUUAACCCCAUGCAACCCACGGACAUGAUUCGGGAGGAACAACACCCGUCAAAAGAUGCUCUCCACGAGCUUUUGGUCGAAUGGGAUUAUACUGUGCCUCCCAAUCAAACACUUCUAUAUCGGCAGACCAGUGGUGAUUCCAAUGAAAUUCACGUCAAUCCGGAUGCUCUGCCAGCCACACUAGAGAAGCAAGCUAGUAAAAUUCGCGUAGAUCCUGAUUCGCAACCUGACGUACAGAAAGAACAAGACCGUGACGAUUCUAGUAGGCGAAAACUUCGUUUACAUGGGCUCAGCACUCUAGGAAUCGCAGUACGAGCUUUGAUACACUAUACAGAAGACAACUACCCAGGUUCAUCGCUUCAAGCUGUCAAGGCAUGUUUCACAUAUCCUGCGUUCGUGAAUGACCGUAUCACUGUAAAAAUUUCGGGAGCCAAGAACGAUUCAUCCUUACAGUUAGGCAAGAGUGUAUUUACUUUUCUAGUACUGAACAAGACAAGCGGUAAAGUCUUAUUGAAAAACGGUUAUGCUGAGUUUGCCUGGAACCGUUCAACCUUACAGCAGCAAUCAAGGCUGUAAGCCUGAGCAAUUUAUACCCUAAAG